GCCCCAGCCCACAGUCCAUCAGCAUACCAUAGGUAGUAUUUCGCAUACAGGGAAGGCAGCAGAACAUCGUUGGAAAAAACAUCUAUGAAUCCAUUCAAUUAAAAACCGCGUCGCAUCACCAAAUAACAACGCUUUUAACUGGAGUGAUAGAGGGAUCCUACUCUAUUGAGAUUGUUGCAGUCGACGGGUUUCUGACGAUCUUUUUUAACAUUAUAUUGUUGAGCAUGACUGUCAUCUGAUGCAGCAGCACACGAGACAUUUAUAAGCUUAUAUGAUGGCCAGUAAAGAGAAAAUUCAAAACUAUGAACACUUUUUGAAUAAUGUUUUGAGGCAGGAUUUAAAAGAGGAACUGGAGAGACGUGAUAAAUUGUAUCAAGACAUUGCUGAUCACUCACAGUUAAAACAGUCCAUCAACUGCAUCGUUCAGGCUGAGGGCAAUGAGGGCCUACGAACUCAGGUUGAUUUAGGAUCCAACUUCUAUGUGCAAGCUCAUGUACCGGAUGUAUCCCGUAUUUAUGUGAAUGUUGGCCUUGGCAUUCACAUUGAGCUGACAUUAGAGGAGGCCCUGGUAUUUAUUGAUAAAAGGUUGAAGAUACUGAAUGAGAAAGUGUCAACCUCCACAAAGAAGAGUGCUAAAAUUAAAGGGGACAUUAGAUAUGUGUAUGAACUUCUCAGACAGCUACAAGGCUUAGACACAAGUUAA